GCUUUAGUGGGGCAAUGGGGGAGUGGGGUGGGAGGGUAGUUACUAUUCCCCAAUUAUAAACUCCACAGAGAAAGCCUCCCAUCCGCUAUGUCCCAGCACCUGGUUCAUACCUGUUCUGAAGCUCUUAACUGAGUAUAUUGCAAUGAUAUGUUUAUACAGCUAGUUUUCUUUAGACUGACUUCUUCAAGGCCAGGGACUGUCUUACUCAUUUUUAUAUCCUGCAGGCUUUGCAAAUUGCUGGUGAAUAGCUGGGACUCAACAACAGUUUGCUAAGUUAAUGAAUGAAACAAUAAAUCCAACUUCAAUGCUACACAACACAGCAGAUAUUCAUUCAAAUACGGUUUAAAAGACCUGGAGGAUCCAGUUCUCCUUAGAAUUCCCAAGGGACCCUGAACAUGCCAGGGUGUAUUAUGGAGUGGUUGCAUCUAGCAGAGGGGGAGGAUGACCCAAACACUAAGUAAUCCAGGUUUGGGCUGGAAAACAAGGUUGAAGUUACUCAUUAGCAGGUGAAAGGGUCAAGGGUUGAGGCAAGGGGCUGGGAGCAGAGUGGACUAAGCAGCCAGCAGGGGAGAGAGCAGCUAAGGCACCAGCCACUCCACAUAGAAUACCAGCUCCCUCCUGCUGGAAGAUGUUCCACCAAAUUUGGGCAGCUCUACUCUACCUCUGUGGCAUUCUCCUUAACUCUAUCUACCAGUGCCCUGAGCACAGUCAACUGACAACUCAGAGUGUGGAUGGGAAAGAGUUCCCAGAGCCCCACCUGGGCCGGUGGUACUUUAUCGCAGGGGCAGCUCCCACCAAGGAGGACUUAGUGAUUUUUGACCCUGUGGACAACAUUGUCUUCAACAUGGCUGCGGGCUCUUCCCCCACGGAGCUCCAGCUUCGCGCUACCAUCCGCACGAAAAAUGGGCUCUGUGUACCCCGGAAAUGGACCUACCACCUAACUGAGGGGAGCACAGAUCUCAGAACUGAAGGCCGUCCCGACAUGGAGACCAAGCUCUUCUUCAGCACAUGCCCAGAUGGAAUCAUGCUGAAAGAGACAGGCCAGGAUCGCUCACCACACCCUCCUGAGAAGUGUGUGGAGGAAUUCCAGUCCCUGACCUCCUGUCUGGAGUCCAAGGCCUUCUUACUAACUCCCAGGAAUCAAGAGGCCUGUGAGCUGUCCAGUAACUGACAUAUGGCUUCAGCUGUGCCCCCAGAUGGAUAUAGUAGGAGCUGAGAUAAUAGGGAGAGGAGAACCUGGAGACUCCCAACUCCCUCUCAAGAAUAAUAAAGAUCAUUUUUCAAUUGGGGUUUAUUU